AUGUCGUUCAACGACCAGACCUCGGGGGGCGACACGCUCAUCGGGCGCGCGGCAGGCAACAACGUCUACGUGGCGACCUACCACACCGAGGAGCACGGGCAUCCAGUCAACGUCCUCGAGAAGAACGGGCCUGCGGACCCCGACUCCGCUUCAGCGUCCGAUAAGGACGUCGACCCCGACAAGGUGGACCACAUCGCGGCCUCGCCCAGCCUGGACAAGGACCCAAAGGACACGAUCAUCGACGAGAUCAACGAGGUGACGCCGGACCAGGCAUUCAAGUUCAAUGUCGACGGCGACCAGAGCCCGUUUCCCGAGGUCGCGGCGUGUGUGCCCGUCACCGACGACCCCUCGACGCUGGUCAACACGUUCCGCAUGUGGUUCCUGUUGACCAUCUUCGUCAUCCUGUUUGCCGGCGUCAACCAGUUCUUCAGCAUGCGCUACCCGUCCCUGACGAUCGGGUACGUCGUUGCGCAGCUGCUCGUCUUCCCGAUCGGCAAGGCGUGGGGGCUGUGGCUCCCCUCGUGGCGGAUCGGCUUCGGCCGCUUCAGCUUUAAUCUCAACCCGGGCAAGUUCACCGUCAAGGAGCACGCGACCAUCGUGAUCUGUAUCUCGCUCACCGCGUCCACGGCGUACGGCAUGGGCGCGCUCGUGUCCAUCUGGUCGCCGGUGUACUGGAACCAGGGGCACUGGUCGACCGGCUUCGGGUUCCUGUUCCUCCUCACGUCGCAGAUGCUCGGGUUCGGCCUCGUGGGCCUCGCGCGCAGGUGGAUCGUGUACCCUGCCGCGCUUAUCUGGCCCCAGGUCUUGUCCAGCUGUGUCCUCUUCCGCGCGCUGCACGAGGAGAAGGACACGGGCAGCGCCAACGGCUGGACGAUCAGCCGAUACCGCUUCUUCGCGUACGGCACCGCGCUGUCGUUUGCGUGGUUCUGGCUCCCGGACUACCUCUUCACUGCACUCUCGAGCUUCGCCUUCCUCACGUGGAUCGCGCCGAACAACCAGAAGGUCAACACCAUCUUCGGGAUGAACUCGGGUCUUGGGCUCCUGCCAAUCUCGUUUGACUGGACGGUCAUCACGUACGCCGGCCAGCCGCUCACGACGCCAUUCUACAUCACGGCAAACUGCUUUGCCGUGGUCGUCAUCUUCUACCUCUUCCUCUCGCCAAUCCUCUACUACAAGAAUGUGUGGUUCUCGGGCUACCUCCCGCUGCUGUCGUCUACGACGUUCGACAACACUGGCAAGACGUACAACGUUUCCAAGGUCCUGGUCCACGGAGGCAUCGACUUCAACGUCACCGCCUACCAGGAGUACUCGCCCAUGUACAUUUCCAUGUCGUACUCGCUGUCCUACGCUCUGUCGUUCGCCGCAGUAACCUCGGUCGUUGUCUACACGGUACUCUGGAACGGCAAGGACAUUUGGGCCAGGUUCAAGGACUCGCGAGCCGGCGGCGAGGAUGUCCACAAGCGACUCAUGAACGAGUACGAAGACGUCCCUGACUGGUGGUACGCAGUCUUCACCGUCAUAAUCCUCGGCUUGGGCAUCCUGACAAUCCGCUACUGGCCCACGGAGCUCCCAGUGUGGGGCUUCCUCUUGUUCUGUUUCGGGAUGUGUGUCAUCCUCAUUAUCCCCGAAGGCCUUCUCGAGGGCACCACCAACCAACGUGUCUUUUUGAACAUUAUCACGGAGCUCAUUGCCGGGUACAUAUGGCCUGGUAAACCGAUUGCUAAGUAA